AAAAGACAAAGUUCUGCAUGCUUGCCCCUGCGAGCUCCUCCCAGCAUCACAUGUGCGCAGAAGGCUGAGGAAUAUUCUGUGGAAUGAGCGGGACGAGCGAGGGGGUCAUCUGGAUGAAUGUUGGAGCUCCGACUCGCUGGUUGAUCCCCCGCCAUGGACGACUGGGAAUACGACUACCUGAUCAAGCUGCUGGCCCUGGGGGACUCGGGCGUGGGAAAGACCACAUUCCUGCACAGGUACACCGACAACAAGUUCAACCGCAAGUUCACCACCACCGUGGGCAUCGACUUCCGGGAAAAGAGGCUGGUGUACGCGGGCACCAACGCCGACGGGACCGUCGGGAAGAACUUCCGAGUCCACCUCCAGCUUUGGGACACGGCCGGGCAGGAGAGGUUCCGCAGCCUCACCACCGCCUUCUUCCGGGAUGCCAUGGGCUUCCUGCUCAUGUUCGACCUCACCAAUCUGCAGAGCUUCCUCAACGUCCGGAACUGGAUGAGUCAGCUGCAGGCCAACGCGUACUGCGACAGUCCAGACGUGGUCCUGGUGGGCACCAAAGCCGACAUCACCAGCAUGAGGAGCGUCCAGGCCACGCAGGCCCGAGACAUGGCCGACAGAUACGGCAUCCCCUACUUUGAGACCAGCUCGGUGACGGGCGCAGACGUGGACACGGCGGUGCGGGCCCUGCUGGACAUGGUGAUGAAGAGGAUGGAGCAGAGCGUGCACGGAAGCCACAGCUGCCAGGACAACGGCCUCACGGCAAGCCGCCAGGUGGUGCAGGAGGCCACCGCCUGGCGGAGGUGCGCCUGCUGACGUGGUUGCGCCACCCCCGGGACACUUCAUUAGGUACACCUGCACCACCCUGAUCGCAACAUUUUGCCUUCGCAACAAUAACAAUGUUCACUAUAGCAGUCUUUUUCAACCUUUUUUUGAGCCCAGGAACAUUUUUUUCAUUGAAAAAAUCCAAGGAGGAAUCAUUAAAAUAUGAAACUCGAUAUUGACAAUAAAAAGAUAUGAAUUUAAAGCAUAACCAAGCAUGCAUCAAUAUAGCUCUUGUCUCAAAGUAGGUGUACUGUCACCGCCCUGACUUAUUUUGAGUUUUUUGCUGUUUUCCUGUGUGUCGUGUUUUAGUUCUUGUCUUGCGCUCCUAUUUUGGUGGCUUUUCCUGUUUUGUUGGUAUUUUCCUGUAGCAGUUUCAUGUCUUCCUUCAAGCCAGGGGUGUCCAAACUUUUUCCACUGAGGGCCGCACACGGAAAAAUUCAAGCCUGCGGGGGCCAUUUUGAUAGUUUUCAUUUUCAAAUCAUAACAAAAUAUAUGGAUUUUGUUUUAGUUUUUUACCUUUAGGGCUCCCGGGGACCAUAAAGGGUCUAAGUCAGGGGUCACCAACGCGGUGCCCGCGGGCACCAGGUAGCCCGUAAGGACCAGAUGAGUAGCCCGCUGGCCUGUUCUAAAAAUAGCUCAAAUAGCAGCACUUACCAGUGAGCUGCCUCUAUUUUUUAAAUUUUAUUUAUUUACUAGCAAGCUGGUCUCGCUUUG